AUGUCAUGCUCAUUGAAAGAAAUCUUUCGUUUCACCCAAGAACAGAUAAAUCAAGUAGAUCGGUUUUUGAACGAAGAUUUGGGAGCUACAACAUCUACUUCUAGUUCACAAAGUAAGCAUAUUCGAUUUUUUUUAAAUUUAGGCACGGCACUAUAUGAAAUUAAACAUUUUCUGAUGACUAUUAGAUAGUACAUGAUGUUCACAACAAAACAUUUGGAUAAUAUUUUUUAUGGUAAAGUAAUUAUGCCUUUUUUUACUCUAUAACUUAAUGUAAAAACUAUUAUGUUGUAAAAAGGUCGUUGUAGAAAAAAGUACACCUUUAUUGGCUCCAGAUGAUCAAGAUUUUUUAGAAGAGAAUUCAGACGACGAUGAAAUUGAUGAUAACAACGACAAAUGGCCAGCUUGGGAACCAGAAUCGGUAUGAAUGUUAUUUUAGAAAGAUAUUAUGUAAUUAUGAUACCUUUAGCUCAAAAAGGCUUAACUUAUACUAGUCUAUUACUCUAUUCAGGGCUUUGCAUGCAGAAGAACCGAUUUUAAUAGAUUGUAAAAGUUUUUAAGCAUUUGAUUGUGAUUUUAAAUAUAACUGAUGCUGAUUUACUACCGUAACAUUAACAUUUUCAGAGUGAAUUAAGUGAAAGUGAUGCAAAGUCAAGUUCAGUAGAUACGAAAUGGUUACGUAAUUGUAUUAUAUCAUCGUCAGCCAAUAUGGAGUUAAUAGUAUUUGCAGCCGUUCAACGAUUCGUUGCAUUCGAGCGAAACGGUAAAGAUGAAAAGAUACGACCAUUGGCUUGGGUCAAUGUUAAUAUGCAGAUUCAGGUAUUGGUCAUUGUUUUAGUAUUGUUAAUAUUUUUGUCCUGGUUUAGAUAAUGUUUACCUUUCUGAUCUAAAUAAUAGUUUUAACUGUAGGUAACUUAAUGAUAUUGUUGUAGAAACACGCGUACAUUACAUCAGUGGAAGUGAUUUCACUGGCUUCGACUCGAAAAACCGAAGCUUCAAAUGUAGAUUGGCACUGUAUAGCAGUUAGUACGAGUUCAGGUUAUGUUCAUUUCUUCACUGACCGUGGGGUCGAGAUUUUGUGUGAAAAGUUUUCAUCCUACAAGAUUCAACGACUUCGAUUUGGACCGACGAUAUACGAUGGAGGACAAGGGUUGGCAGCUUUGGCCAUGGGACGGAUUUAUAUUGUGGAAGGCAUGGCAUUGUUUCAUGGUUUGAGGAAUGCUAGGAAUGAGGUAGGUUUUCUUUAUAAAAUGAUUUUUUGGAUAUUGGGGUUAAUACUUAAAAUUUUAAAUUUUGGGUUUUGAUAAACUUUAAUAUUAAUCUACCUUAAUACAUUUCAUUUUUAGGUAGCUAGAGGAAUAAAGUCAUUUGAAGAAAUCUGCAACACGAUCAGCUUGGCUAGCCAUGCUGUGAAGCUGGACUAUCUAAAACAACCGACUGAUUUUCAGCUUCUGAAUAUAACUCGACCAGAAUCCUUCGACCAGUACUUCAAGGCGUCCUUGGACGAUUAUUCUGAAAGGAAUAAACUUCAGACUGGCGCCAAGAACAUGAUGAACUAUUUCUGUGCUACACGGUCUAGCUAUGCGGCAUUCUUGUCGCACAAUAAAGAAAGUAACAAUAGUGGUAUCUUACAGGAAGCCUAUAACACUAUAGCUUCGCAAAUACAAAUGCCGUCAUUUGGCAUCAGAUCAUUCCUGGGGAUAGGCGUGUCACGAAAAGACGGUCCUCAGAAGGAAUCUGUAGCUGAUGCCAAGGUUUCGGAUGCUUUUUUGGAUGUUCGACUGGUCGAUCCGGGAAGAAAAUGUGAAACGACAGUAAUCGCACCGAGAAGUUGGAAUUUGAUGGCGAUUUCCGAUGGUACAGCACGUGUUCUACUGAUGGAUACACGGAAUCGCACGGUAGUGCGAAUCUGGAAAGGCUACAGGAACGCUGGCUGUGGAUUCAUUGAAGCAGCGUUGUCAGAUGUUGGACCGAACAAAAGGAAACGCACUAAAACAUUAUUCUUGGUCAUCUUUGCUCCGAAACGAGGGAUUCUGGAGGUGUGGUCGAUGCAGAACGGUCCUCGUGUAGCCGCCUUUAACGUUGACCCUAAGGGCCGAUUGUUGUCUGUCGCUUCGGCCAAAGAUUCUGUCUUGUUGGGACCGUCGGAAAAACAAUUUUAUGGAGCCUACAAUGACAAUACAGUAGUCUUUGUCAACUCAAAUGGUAUGGUACAAAGAAUUCUAAUACCGUUUCAUCUGUCAGCUAUGGAUUCUACUGUAUCGCAAGUUCACGAUGAAAACAUGUUGAGGGACUUCAAGCACAACGAGAUUGAAGAAGAUGGUGCUUUUAGUAUUGACAAGGCGUUGGGUACUGUAGAGUCAUUGAAGUCGAGUCAAAGUAGAAUGAAGUUUGUAGAUAGAUUGGUGUCAUCGGCUGAAUCAUGGAGAAUAUCUACUAUGCAGCUGAGAGAGUUUCUUGUUAGACUAAAAGAGGUUGGUUUUUGGUACCUUAUACUACUUUUGAUACUUUAAAUGGAUUUUUAGGUAAUGCAAAAUAAACUUUUAGAUAACUUUCUACAAUUUUUUUGUUUUUAAUUAUAAUCAACUAUGUUUCAGGCUGACAAAGGCUUGAAAUCUUACAUAGACGCACUGAUUAGACUGGUGGAUGUAUAUAACAUAGCAAACAAGGAGGUUGAUGAAGAUAGGGAAAAACGUGCCACAUAUGAAACGUUGGUACAGAAUCUGGGAACAACUGUUGAUGAGUACAAUGACUUUUUUAUUAAUGUGCUACUGGAUACACAAAAAGACGUCGAACAGUACGAAGCAUGUUCUUUCAAGGAGUUUCGUGAAAUGCUACGGGUUAACAAUGCUGCUGAGAAUAAGUAAGGAGGUUUUUAGAUAGUAAUGGUUAAGUAAAAGUUUUUUUUUGAUUGAUAUAGUUGAUAAUAUUAGUUAAUAUUAAGGUUUAUUAUACUAUAAUGUAAUUAAGAUGGACAUUUAUAAGAUUUUAAGGGAAUAUUUAAGAUUCUCUAGGUUAAGAAUGGUGUUUUGACAUUAGAUAUAGAUUUUUAUUGCAACUGUAUCGACUUUAAUAAUAUUUUUAGAUGGAUAUUGAACCCAGAAGCUGAUGAGAUCUAUCUAGCUCGAGUAUUAAUGCAAAAACUCUUGUUCUCUCACAGAGAUGACGUUGUAGGAAAAUUAGAAGUAAUAGCUGACAAGAUCAACAUCAAUAUUGUAAGUUUGUAAGGGUUGUACGUACAGCGAAACACCUUGUUUAUAAUGGAACUUUGGUCAAAUCUUUUGAAUGUCAGACUAAAUAAGAUCUGUAUUACUUUUUGAACUGCACUCUAUUAUGACUGAUGACAAUGAGACUGCCUAUUUGAUGAAUACAAUAAAAGAAAGUUUUCAGGAAACUCUUGCCAAACUAUUCAUGAAAGCAUGGCUAGCCGACUGGAACAAGAAUCCAUGGGUAUUACUGGACAGUGCAAUAUCAGUUGUAUCGUAUCUCAAGGAAUCGUCAGAUAUACGGGUCAAGCAAUUCGCUCAAAGUUUUAUAAUCAAAAGCCAGAAUCCAGAAGCCGCAUUGUGUCUGAUGUUUGUCAUUAGGUACGUGGAUGGACUAGUUCGCAUCACUACAGACGACAAUGAAGAGUUUGAGAACAUGGACGAAACUACAGAUUCAUGGUAUUUAACAGUCAAGAAUUUGAUAGCCAACACUUUAAUUAGUCGAUUGGACUUGGAGUUGAAACCAUCGUUGGACAAGUUUACUGUCAAAGGAUAUGGGUAUUAUAGGGAACAGGUAAAAGCAUUUAUGUUCUUUAUAAUUUUUUAAAAUGUAAUUUUUAAAGCAUAUUUUUUAUUAAAAGUCGUACUUUAGAUUGGCCAAUGGGCUGCGUCGAAUAACGUACCAGUAGAUCUAUUGUUGAAGACUUUGCAAAUUGAUAAGAAAGUGAAAGCACAUAGAGAUAGUGAAAGUGAUGAGGAAAAUAAAGCAGAGGAAGAAGAAAACAUAGAUGAAAACAAAGAAGAAGAAAUGGAUGGAAUAGAAGAUAUUGAUGAAGAAGCGAAGAUUUUGAAAGCUUUACAACAAGUCUUUCAAAGGAGCUUUAGUCGGUAUGAUUUACUUUGUGUUUCAUUGUAAAUAUAACCAGAUCAAGGGGGGGGGGCUUUUAGGUCUCUCUAUUAUCUGGAGAAGGCCGUUUAGGUCUUAUACUUUACUUUUAUACAAUAUUUUCUAUUUUUCAUUGUUGUAUAUAUUAAUUUUUAUGACAUUUUUAAUUUACUUUCAUUUCAGCGACCUCUGUCUAUGUGACUGUGUAUGGGAAUCAGCAAGUUCAUGGUUCAAGGAAGAGAAUCAACGUCAAAUUUCAACUCUAACUCAAGCAAUGACAUAUUUAUCAGCCAUCACAUCAUCAGCCAGACUUCAACAUGGACUGUCUGUGAUCCUAUGGGAGACUUUCUUUAGACUGCCAUUUCAAAAGUUGUAUACCAUAAUAAUGGAGUCUAAUGGAAAACCCUUGAAGGAACGGCUUCUGAAAAGAGAUGUCUUUGUCACUGAAUCAGAGCUUCCUGAAUUUGUGAAAUGUGUCAAAACUUUGUUGAAUGUGCUACAGAAAAGUGUGGUUGAUCUUGAAUAUGCACCACAUUUGCAUCUGGAGUAUGAGGAGUUUUUGGAGGAGUACUUGGAGAGCUUUAAAGUCAAGUAAGUGCUCUACUUAAGGGAUUUCAUUUAGUAUAUUUUUAUCUAGUACCUUGUUUAUUAAUGUUUAUUGUUACAGUACUGGCUUAUUUUUUAGUAAUACUAACUGAAUUUUAUCCUUAUUUCUAAAGAAACAUUUUCAUUUUGUAUUUUACAGGAAAAACCGAAAACACACAUUGGCCGAACUGGUAUCAGGACAAACUCCAGUGAACUACCACUUAGUUCUCCACCAUCUUCACUUAGUCAUAGUUAUCGACCUUCAACUUUCACUAAACCUUUCGCUGAACCUGUACAAUGUGUUCGAUGGAAUAAUGCACAGAGCGUUCUUCGAAUCGUUCCAUUCACAUCCACUAAUUCCAAUGGCUGAUACAGAUGAGAGAUUUAAAGAAAAGAGACAAAAGUUCUUGGAAGAUAUUGUUGUAGCGAUUGGAGUAGAUACUAGUGAAGAUUAUUAUGAGAAAUGGGAGUUGGUCAACCAACUGUGCCGAGAAUGGGCGUUGGACUUGGAUUUGCUGAGAAUUAAGGUCAGUUUGGAUAAGGAUAUAAGAAGAUAUUAUCAAUUUGUUAUAAAAAAACGCUAAUUUAUAAUGUACUACAAUAUUGAGGUAGAACUUCUUAAUAUUGUAAAAAUAGAGUUGAUUAAAUUGUCGUUUCAGGAAGUAAAAAUGUUCUACGAGUUUGGAUUUGACAGAGAAGCGGAGAAAUUACGAGUAUCUGUAGCCAAACAGAAGCAAUUAUCAUUUGAACUGAUACCUAUUGCUCUAGGAAGAUUCAAGUCUUUGAUUGAUAGCGAUGAAGAGUUGAGACAGAAGGCACAACGGAGACUCCGACCAGGGUAAGAAAUACAUAUUAUAGUACAUUGCCAGUACUAGCAUUUGCCUAAUUUUCAUAUAAAAUGCCUAAAAUUACAUUAAUAUGGCCAAUGUUAAUAUAUAAUCAUAAACUUUUCAAGCAUUUUUUGAUAACUUAGUGUUUGGUUGAACCUUAAAAUGUAGCAAUCGACUUUUUACAGAUCUUGGGAAUAUAUCCGAGUACUAUCGGACGAAUUCAUUCCAACAUUCUCCAUCACAGUCGACAAGGCAUACACAAUGAUGAGGACUGUGUCAAACCUGCUCAACCACAACAUUUCAACCAAACAGAACCAACACGUGAUGGAAAAGAAGAUGAUCUCCGACAUCUGCGACUUUCUACAAUCCCUUAAGUGA